GCAUUUUGAAACAAACAUGGCUGCGUCCAUGAAGAAAGCAGCGCAUGAGAUUGAGUCCCGUAGCCGGACUGGUGAUGUUCUGCUGUCGGAUAAUAAUAUCGAGUUCAGCUCCUUACUGCUGUCGGAGCCCGUGCUGAGGGGGCUGACCUCCGCCGGCUUCCAGAGACCCUCACCCAUCCAGCUGAAGGCGAUCCCGCUGGGGAGAUGUGGACUAGACCUGAUCGUGCAGGCCAAGUCUGGUACGGGGAAGACGUGUGUGUUUGCCACCAUCGCUCUGGACGCCCUGAUCCCAGAGAACACUGGAACACAGGUUCUGGUUCUGGCUCCGACUCGUGAGAUCGCGGUGCAGAUCCACUCUGUUGUCAUGGCGAUAGGCAGUGGCGUGGAGGGGCUGGAAUGCCACGUCUUCAUUGGAGGAACUCCUGUCAGUCAAGACAAGACCCGCCUCAAGAAGUGCCACAUUGCCAUCGGAUCACCAGGGCGCAUUAAGCAGCUGAUUGAGAUGGGUGUGUUGGCCACUGCGAGCAUUCGUCUGUUCGUGCUGGAUGAAGCCGACAAGCUGCUGGAGGAGGGAAGCUUUCAGGAGCAGAUCAACUGGAUCUUCUCUUCCCUGCCGCUGAAUAAGCAGAUGCUCGCCCUGUCUGCCACUUACCCAGAGUCCCUUGCACAGCACCUGACGCGCUACAUGAGGGACCCCACAUACGUACGACUCAACCCCACUGACCCGGGACUUAUAGGUCUGCGUCAGUUCUACCGGCUGGUUCGGGGCCACUCUCUGCCCCAUAAGGUGUUUCAGGAGAAGGUGCAGCUACUGUUGGAGUUAUACAGCCGGGUCCCUUUCAACCAAUCGCUAGUCUUCUCCAACCUGCACAGCAGGGCUCAGCAGCUGGCUGAUAUCUUGUCCUCUAAGGGUCUGCCAGCCGUGUGCAUCUCCAGCAGUCUCACACAGGAGCAGAGAUUAGACGCCAUGUCCAAACUCAAGACCUACCAAUGCAGAGUGCUGAUCUCAACUGACCUGACGUCUCGGGGUAUCGAUGCUGAGAAGGUGAACCUGGUGGUGAAUCUGGACGUUCCACAGGACUGGGAGACAUACAUGCACCGCAUCGGACGCGCAGGCAGAUUUGGUACCCAUGGUCUGGCGGUGACCUACUGUUGCCAUGGAGAGGAGGAGAACAAGAUGAUGAUGAUCGCCCAGAAAUGCAGCCUGAACCUCACACUCCUGCCAGAUCCGAUCCCAGAGGGGCUGAUGGAGGAGCGAUGCGAUUGGGACGUGACCAAGCAACCCCCCCUCCAAGACGACCUGGCCCCCCUGUCCCUCCCCAGGAGGAAGAAGACAGCCCCCUCCCCCUCACACACCACCAAUCAGGAGCCGGAGCCAGAUCAUAUGACCCGGGACGAGGAGUCACACCAGCCAAUCAGGAAGCAGAACGCCAACGCUAAUGCUAGUGGAGCUAGGGGGUCCCCAGCGCCCGAGGUCCAGGGACGGGGAGACGGGGAGAGGCAGCAACCCAAACUGAAACAGCCCCCCAGGAAAGACUCCGCCCCUCAGAAACAGCCCCCCAGGAAAGACUCCGCCCCUCAGAAACAGCCCCCCAGGAAAGACACCGCCCCUCCCCAAGCAGGGCACCAGGGUCGUGGGGGUGAGGAUGGCGGCCGUGUGGACGGGACUACAGCUGCAGCUGCAGGUCUGUCCUCCAGAGAGCAGCAGCAGCUGUCGCUCCCCAAGAUCCCGCCCCUUCCCUCCUUCAAGCCGCGCUGUGAUAGGCCGCUCAGACUGGAGGCGGCCAUCUUGGAUUUCGAGCGCUUCAUGAGCGAGGGGCCGGGACGCGACGUGGAGAUCAUCAGACAGUACAGGGGGCGGGGCGACGAGGGCGACGAUGAUGUCAUCAUCAGGGGACAGGGCGAGGGUAAUGACAUCAUCACUAAGGGACGAGACACGAGCGAUGACGUCAUGGCUAGACGGCGGGGCCCCACCAACAGAGGGGUGGAGUCUCGUGAGGAUUCCGUGACGAUCCUGAAGGACGAAUCGCGACCUUUCACCUUUUCUGCAUCACAGAGGGGGAGGAGCAACGUGACCUCUCACCCCUCUGACCACGCCCCUUCCUCCGCUUCCUCCUCCUCCUCUUCCUCAAGCUCAGAGUCGGACACGGAUGAGCCGAGAGCAGGGAGCCAAUCACAUGCCAGGAAGCCACUGCACAGCCAACCACGGCAGAGCACUUCACAUCAGAGCCAAUCGAAUCCUCCGAAGUCUCGGAAGAUUCCGGAACGGGCCACACGGCCUCAUGCCCCUCCCCCACCCAGACACCUCACCCAAUCAGAGCAGAGCACGGUGAUGACACAAGGUCCGCCUCCAGCUCGGAGAGUUCCACAAGGGGGCGUCGCCCAGAGACAGGAAGCCACAUAUGGGCAUACGCCCACCCACACACACCACAACCAAUGGCAGAACAGAACUGCCAAGCCUGCUGGCGAAUCACAACCCAGACACAACCAGAGGGGAGGAGUCAGAAGACAACAGCCUCAGGAGGAAGAGGAGGAGGAGGAGGAUGAGGAGGAGAUGCAAGUAGAGAGGGAUGAAGAGGAAGAAGAGGAGGAGGCGGAGGAGGAGGCGGUUUGUCAGGACUAUUGGGGGCGGAGCUACUACGAGGCCUGGAGGCGGUACUACAGCUCUGUGCCUCCUCCUUAUUGGUCAGCCUAUAACCCCGCCCAUAACCCCGCCCAGGCCUGGAUGGCAGCCUAUCGCAUGAGCAGCGUCUACAUGCAGGAAAUGAUGAAGGAGGACUAACACACACACACACACACACACACACACACACACACAC